AUGUCAGGCAACUCCAGGUCGUCUUGCAGGGACAACGCCAGCGCCGGCUCAAGCUCGCCCGUGAGUCCCACUGCUGUCCAACGACAUCCCUUCACUCGAACCCCCUCCACGGAACCACCACGCUUCCACCUAUCUCACGAGUCACAUUCUGCCCCAGCAAGCGACGGCACAUUGGCAGUGCAUCGUGGCGCAACCAGAUCCAGCAGAUAUGAGCAUGCAUCGUUCGAUGCCUCUGUCAACAGCCUCCCCUCCUCUUCAGUCUCUCCCGCUGCUGCUGGCCCAUCCUCGCCCUCAAAAUACUGGCCAGAACCAUCGGUUUCGGACUCGCACCCUGUGUCAUUCAAUGCCAACGGUGGCCCAGAUCGCGACAGCUGCACUUUGGAUGAUCGCUCGUGGCCUCAAUUCAGACGUCCGAGGCUGCACAACGAGGCUUCCACUGGCUAUGCAUCAUCCACCGACGGCGACCUCACACCGAUAGCGUCAACUUCUAAUCCAAACCAGGCUAGUGCUGCUCGUACGCCUCUUGUUGGCGUCAACCUCACCAACCAGCAGAUCGCUGACAUGACCGAAUCCGACGUCUCGGAGUGCGAUGAUAGUGCCAAGCUGCGGCGUGCGCGGCGUGCAAGCAGUGCCAAUUCCGCUGCUACGUCGGUCUUUAGCUCUAUCACAAAAAGUUUUCGCGGCGAGCCCUUCUGGAACAAGUCGAGUGUCUCUUAUGCCCCGCUCACAGGUACAACUCGUUCACGCAGCCUCAAGAAAUCCAGGUGGAAUCGCAGUUCCAAGACGGACAAGGCACUCUUUUCCACUGCCUCAUCUGCAUCCAAGGACCGCAGCCGUGGUCGCAGGUCUUCGUCUGUAUGGACGCAUCCCGUGAGCAUGCUUGGCUCUUUUUUCAUCAAGCUCUUUCGAACCGCCUUUGGACCCAUUCAUCCCAUUACCAUCAUUCUGGCGCUCGUGCUCAUCGCCAGUUUUGUAGCCUCGGUCACCAAACUCAUCAUCUACAUCCUUAAUCCCGACAAGGAGCAUGCGCAGUGGCGCACUUACUGUCAGAAUCAGUCCUCCUUUCCGCACGCCUACGCCGACGCACUCGCUCCCGUCGACGUGUUUGUCGGCGUCUUUAGCGUCGAUAGCUCCUACGAGCGCCGCCAUCUCAUUCGAAGCACUUAUGCCACACAUGAGCUUCCGCUCGAUCCGAGCACGGGUAGGCCGACCAGCCAUGUCCAGGUCAAAUUUAUCAUCGGAAAACCGCGUAACGCACACGCGAGGCGAGUCGCGCUCGAAAUGGAGACAUUCAAUGACAUUGUUGUGCUCGAUAUAGACGAGAACAUGAACAGAGGCAAGACGCACGCCUACUUUCAAUGGGCUGCAGAGAAUGCUACCGUGCCCUUCUUACGCGCUGUCGAUCAGCAAACUUCACAGCGCCCUCUAGGCGCUCACCUCGAUGAGCCGAGACAGCGCGGCAACGGCCAUGGGCAAACGCGUGAAGUGCUCGGUGGCACUGCUGACCAGCCGCAACGCUACCAAGUGCUCUGGAAGAAGGCCGAUUAUGUGGUCAAAGCCGACGACGAUGCGUACAUCUUCCUUCAAGAGCUUGAGCGUCAUCUCCGCGUUGCACCUCGCCAGAUGACCUAUUGGGGCUAUCUCAUCCGCAACUGGUUCAUGGGCGGUGAGUGUUACGCGCUGUCCAGCGACCUAGUGCAGUACGUGGCGCAUUCAGCAAACGUGCUGCAUCACGUCAAGGGCAAGGAGGACAAAAAGGUGGCUCAGUGGAUUAACUUGCAUCCAAAUCGAUCCGGCAUUCACUGGGUGGCUGAACGCUGCUGGAUCUAUGACCAUCCAAAGGCGGGUACCGCCUAUUCGCACGGCUUUCUUUUUCCCGAUUACGUCGAAAAGAUCAAGUUGGAAGGCCGACGCGGUCUGACUGACCAAGAGAUCGCACGGCGCGGUGGCGAACAUCGGGCAAAGUCAUACUCGACCGUCUCGCGAUGGCAUUUGCCGUAUGUUGAACCACGCGGCGAUAUGACGAUUGAAGAAGAGGUCGAGGCUUUGGUGGAAGGUGGAGGUCGAUGGGAGGGUACAUGGGUACGGGGCGAAGAGGGCAACGAGACACAGAUCUGGGUCCCAUGGCAACAGAUUGUUUUUGAGGCCAACGACGAGCGGCUCAGACCAGCUGGGUUUGACAACCUUGGCGCUCAUCCGACGAUUGCCGAAGAAGUAAGCAUCGAUCCUGCCUCUGGCCUAACGGUACGUCACAUUGACACGGUAGGCCCAAAGCCAUCGGAUCCAGUGGCCGACAACAUGGAUGACGAUCCGCAAUCGCCGCCCCGUCGACGAAAGCGGGAUAUACCCUUGCUCGCCGAUCUACCCUCGGUGCCUGGCUUUGACUUUGGCGCUGGUGGUGUGUCGCGCAGAGCAGCCGAGAAACGUAAACGGUCGUUUGCCAGUGCAGCCCUGCAGCCACGCAUGAUACCCCUGCCUACCCAUAAGGACGGCAACGGCGAGGCAGAAGAGCUGCGACAUCGACGAUAUCUCGGACGACCGUUUGGUGGGACAGUGGUAGUGCAUUACUUGAAAAAGAGCGAAUGGUUCUAUGAGACGGCCUUGGCUUUCUCGGGUCGUGGAAGCUUCUGGCCUGACGGUGCUGGUGGUACAGGCAGCGAAUGGAGGUCAUACGGCAGUCCACUCGUGCGUCAUGAGGAUGGAUAUGUCAGCGAAGGUAGGAGUCAGCCACGUCCAGAUAUGGAGAUGGCGUACAUGCAACAGGCCAGAAUUCAAGCGCAGGCGAAUGCUGCGCAGGCUCAGGCUCUGGCAGCGAGGAUGGGCAGCUUUACCAGGGCUAAGCCGGCCACUGCUCCACCGCCGCCGAUUCAGCAACAGCAACAGCAACAGCAACAGCAACAGCAACAGCAACAGCAACAGCAACAGCAACAGCAACAGCAACAGCAACAGCAACAGCAGCCGGCAGGAUCGACCUGA